CAGUCUUAUCACUCUCCAGCCUCCUCCACCUCCCAUCCCUGUCCUCCAUCCUCAUCCAGACGCUCCGGUUCAAUGUCCAUCGCCGCGCUGCCUCGCCUGCGCGCCUUCGCGGCCGCGGCGCGGAGCCAGGCGCGCGCCCUGUCCAGCGAGCGCUACGACGUCGUGGUCGUCGGCGGCGGGCCGGGGGGCUACGUCGCCGCGAUCAAGGCGAGCCAGCUCGGACUCAAGACGGCGUGCGUCGAGUCGCGCGCGGCGCGCCAAUCAACCCUCCGCGACGCGGCGGCGCCCCCGACCCGGCCGGUCGCUACUCGCAGGUCCCGCGGCACGCUCGGCGGCACGUGCCUGAACGUGGGCUGCAUCCCGAGCAAGGCCCUGCUGCACAGCUCGCACCUCUACGAGGAGGCGACCAAGCACUUCAAAGACCACGGCAUCGUGGUGAACGACGUGAAAGUAGACCUCGACAAGAUGAUGGCCAACAAGGCCUCCAGCGUCGACUCGCUCACGGGAGGGAUCGAGUUCCUCUUCAAGAAGUACAAGGUGGACUACCUGCAGGGCAAGGGGACGCUCCAGGGCCCGAACAGCGUCGGAGUGGCGUUGAACGACGGCGGCGCGGAGACGCUCGACGCGGCCCACAUCUUACUAGCGACCGGGUCGGAAGUCUCUCCGCUACCCCCGUGCCCCGUGGACAACGCGGGCGGCCGCAUCGUGGACUCCACCGGCGCUUUGGACCUGAAGGAGAUCCCGAAGACCAUGGCCGUGAUCGGCGGCGGCGCGGUCCCGCGUAGACACCAGAUUUCGGGGCGCCCUCGUCGGCUCGAUGGCGUGGGGCCGGACGGCGGUCCCCCGCGGGCGACCCACCGAUAGACUGUCCACGCAGGCGUGAUCGGCCUCGAGAUGGGCUCGGUCUGGCGGCGACUGGGCACCAAGGUGACCGUGAUCGAGUUUCUGGACCACAUCGUGCCCGGGACGGAUAAAGACGUAGGCAAGACCUUUCUGAGGCUGCUCAAGAAGCAGGGCAUGAAGUUCAAGCUCAAGACCGCGGUGCAGUCGGCGGAAGUCGCCGAGGAGGGCGUGGCGCUGACGCACGCCCCUGCGAAAGGCGGCGACGCGACGACCGACCAUUUCGAUGUUGUUCUCGUGGCCACGGGCCGGCGCCCCUUCACGGAGGGGCUGGGGCUGGAGAACCUGGGCAUCGAGACCGACAAACUGGGACGGGUCCAAGUGGACGAGCACUUCCGCACCAAGGUGCCCUCGGUCUUCGCCUUCGGGGACGUGAUCGACGGCCCCAUGCUCGCGCACAAGGCCGAGGAGGAGGGCAUCGCGUGCGUGGAGAACAUCGCCGGCUUCGCGGGCCACGUGAACUACGACGCGAUCCCGGGCGUCAUCUACACGCACCCCGAGCUCGCGACGGUGGGCCGGACCGAGGAGCAGCUCAAGGAAGCUAACAUAGAGUACAAGGUCGGCUCGUUCCCGUUCAGCGCGAACUCGCGCGCGCGCGCCGUCGGCGAUUCCGAGGGCAUGGUCAAGGUCCUCACGGACGCGGCCUCGGACAAGAUCCUCGGCGUGCACAUCAUCGGCCCGAACGCCGGCGAGAUGAUCGCCGAGGGCGUCCUGGGCAUGGAGUACGGCGCCUCGUCCGAGGACGUCGCGCGGACGUGCCACGCGCACCCGACCCUCAGCGAGGCCAUGAAGGAGGCGUGCAUGGCCGCCUCGUCGCAGCCGAUCCACUUCUAGACUUAUGCAUCACGUAAAACGUGCGUACGUAGUUA